AUGGUACGGCUACGGUGCGUAUCGUACGUGUACCAUACGCGUACUGGUACCCAGUACAUACUCGAUAUCGAUACGUUAGUUAAACUGGAGUACCCGUGCUUCACAGAUCUCAACAUUAAGAAUCCUCACUACAAAAAUAUCCUCACACUAACCCUAAUAGGAAGAAUCUUAGGAGGUGCUAGCUUCAACCCUUCAUCCAUAAUUUCCUUCUACACAUUAGGACUAAGACCCGAUUCAUCUCUUCUAUUAAUGGCCAUUAGAAUUCUAGCUCAAGCAAUAAGUGGAGCUAUUGGUACCAAAUCCAUCCUUCAUGUCAUGCCAAAUGAAUACCUACACAUGGUGAAAGGUCCUUCUUUGAAAGUUGAUUUGUAUACAAAAGCUAUAGUUGAAGGAGUUUUAAGUUUUACUCAUAACUAUGUUAUUUUGAUUGUUUUGUUUAAGGGUCCUAAGAAUCCUUGGUUGAAGGUUUAUUUGCUCUCGAUGGCUACUUUGGUUUUGGUUGUUUUGGGUUAUGCAGGACCUUCUUUGAACCCUGCUAAGGCAUUUGGUUGGACUUAUAUGAACAAUAAGCAUAAUAAUCGAGAGCAAUUUUAUGUUUUUUGGAUAUGUCCUUUGAUUGGAGCUACUCGGUUUGUGUUUAUGUCAUCAAUUAAGGAGAAGAAAGCUUGA